CUUCUCCCCUGCAUACAUUUCAAACUACUACUGUGCUGAAGCCUCCCCACAAAAAAUAUUGUCCUUCCUUCCUCAACUUAUCUCAAGAAACCUCGUCCAAGUCCGACCCAAUUCGCCUGAAUAUACUCCAGCACGAAUUGAUCCACCAGCCGCUGAAGCAGAGGCCGUGGAUGAGCUUGGCCGAGUCUCUUCCCUUCUCCUCUCCGCCGAAGCCUAAUAAGCUUAUUUCUCCAGUUCAGUACAUCCCAUGGCGGGACCAUCUAACGGCAGAUCGCUGGAGCAGACACCAACAUGGGCAGUCGCGGUCGUCUGCUUCGUCCUCGUUCUGGUCUCCAUCAUCAUCGAACACAUCAUCCACCUCAUCGGCCAGUGGCUGAAGAAGAAGCACAGGAGAGCACUUUACGAAGCCCUUGAGAAGAUCAAAUCAGAGCUGAUGUUGUUGGGGUUCAUAUCGCUGCUGCUGACGGUGGGGCAGAGCACCAUCUCCAACAUCUGCAUCUCCCAGAAGGUCGGCUCCUCCUGGCACCCCUGCAACGAGCAGGCCGAGGAAUCCAAGUACCCGUCCACCGAGGAGGACUCUUCCGAAUCCGACUCCAACCGCCGGAGGCUGCUCUCGCUCGCGGGCUACCGUGGCCGUGUCCUCGCCGGCGCUGCCACCACCGACAAGUGCGCUGCCAAGGGCAAAGUUCCAUUUGUGUCGUCGGAUGGGAUACAUCAACUACACAUUUUCAUCUUCGUCUUGGCCGUCUUCCAUGUCCUAUAUUGCAUCCUUACCAUGGCCUUAGGGAGAUUAAAGAUGAGAAGAUGGAAAGCAUGGGAAAAGGAAACGAGGACGGCCGAGUAUCAAUUCUCGCACGAUCCGGAGAGGUUCAGAUUUGCAAGGGAAACAUCAUUCGGCAGGAGGCACAUGAGCUUUUGGACUAACACUCCUGUUCUCAUUUGGAUUGUCUGUUUCUUUAGGCAAUUUGUGAGGUCGGUUCCCAAAGUUGAUUACUUGACCUUGCGACAUGGAUUCAUCAUGGCACAUUUGGCACCACAGAGUCAAACCAAAUUCGACUUCCAGAAAUACAUAAACCGGUCCCUCGAAGAGGAUUUCAAGGUGGUCGUAGGAAUCAGCCCUCCAAUCUGGUUCUUCGCGGUGCUCUUCCUGCUCUUCAACACGCACGGUUGGAAAUCCUAUUUGUGGCUGCCCUUUAUCCCACUGAUUAUAAUCCUCCUGGUCGGGAUGAAGCUCCAGGUGAUCAUAACCAAGAUGGGUCUCAGAAUCCAGGAGAGGGGAGAGGUCGUGAAGGGCGUCCCAGUGGUGCAGCUUGGCGAUGAUCUCUUCUGGUUCAAUCGACCCCGCCUCAUUCUCUACCUCAUCAACUUCGUUUUGUUUCAGAAUGCGUUUCAGCUAGCUUUCUUUGCAUGGACUUGGUGGCAAUUUGGGAUGCAAUCUUGUUUCCAUAAGCAAACCGAGGAUGUCGUGAUCAGAAUUACAAUGGGGGUCUUGAUUCAGAUACUCUGCAGCUAUGUCACUCUACCAUUAUAUGCCCUUGUGACACAGAUGGGUUCAAGUAUGAAACCAACAAUAUUCAACGAGAAGGUGGCAACGGCACUGCGGAACUGGCACCAGACGGCGAAGAAGAACAUCAAGCAUAACAAAAGCUCUGUCACGCCGAUGUCGAGUAGGCCCGGGACGCCCUCCCACCACAUGUCGCCGGUGCACCUCCUCCGGCACUACCGGAGCGAGAUGACCGACAGCCUCCAGACAACUCCAAGGAGGUCCAACUUCGAUACGGAACCCUGGGAGACGGACUCUCCCUCUCACCCCCACUUCUUGCACCCCGGCGAGGGCUCCUCGUCCUCCCAUCACCACCCUCUCAGCAGCCGCCAAUACCAGCGAGAGACAGAGCUCAGCCCUGUUGCCACUGAAAUGGCAGAGACCCAGAGGUCGAGUCCAACCCAAGUGGCUCCAACUUCUCUGCCACAACCGGAUCGCACACAACACGAGAUCCAUAUCGGGCCCAAGGACUUCUCAUUCGACAAGAGAGUGGGCGGGACAUGAUAGAAGCAACGUGUGCCACUAAACACGUGGGGAGAUAGCGAAACGGGAGAAAGGAAUGAUGAUUUUCACUGACUAAACUGAUCUGGCAUCCUUUCUCGGGCAGUUUUUCUUGCGAAAGUUCAUAAUUCAGUGCAGAUAUAAAUUAUAAUAUGGUAAUUAGUUUUGGUUUGUUCUCCUGGUUCUUUCCUUAAGACAUGUAGUUAGUAGAAUUCGUUAAUGUAAAUCGAAGUUCCAAACCACACAACUAGAAACGUUGUUGUCUAGAAACAUGAGGGAUGACAUCUUUCUAGUGUGAUGUGGUUGAGAAUAGUCAUUAUUUUUUUGAUAAUAAGGUAACUCUUCCGAGAAUUCCUGAA